AUGGCUAGGGGUAGGAUCAGGGCGAAAAUCCGCCGAAGUAACUUGUAUACUUUUGGAUGCCUCCGGCCUAGUGCAUUGGAGACUGAGGAGCCACAUCAAUUCAAUGGCCCUGGUUAUUCACGAAUGGUCUACUGCAACCAGCCUCAUCUUCAUGAAAAGAAACCUCUAAAAUACCGCAGCAAUUAUAUAUCCACUACAAAGUAUAAUGUUGUUACUUUCCUACCUAAGGCUAUCUUUGAGCAAUUCAGGCGAGUUGCCAACUUAUAUUUUCUUCUGGCCGCUUGCCUGUCGCUCACUCCAGUUUCUCCGUUCAGAGCGGUUAGCAUGAUUGCUCCUUUGGCAUUUGUUGUUGGGUUGAGUAUGGCAAAAGAAGCUUUGGAAGAUUGGCGCAGGUUUAUGCAGGAUAUGAAGGUUAAUUCGCGGAAAGCAGGUGUACAUAAAGGAGAUGGUGUAUUUGGGUAUAGACCUUGGAGGAUGAUUCGAGUUGGAGACAUAGUAAAGGUGGAAAAGGAUAAUUUUUUCCCUGCUGAUCUACUCCUUUUAUCCUCGAGUUACGAGGAUGGUAUUUGCUAUGUGGAAACCAUGAACUUAGAUGGAGAGACGAACUUGAAGGUAAAAAGAGCUCUGGAGGUAACUCUACCCUUGGAUGAAGAUUUAUCCUUCAAGGAGUUCAGUGCAACAAUCAGGUGUGAAGACCCCAAUCCCAACCUUUAUUCUUUUGUGGGUAAUCUUGAUUAUGAUCAUCAGGUUUAUCCUCUUGAUCCCAGUCAGAUACUCCUCAGAGAUUCAAAGCUCAGAAACACAGCCUAUGUUUAUGGUGUGGUAAUAUUCACUGGUCAUGAUAGCAAGGUUAUGCAGAAUUCUACCAAGUCACCAUCAAAAAGGAGCAGGGUCGAAAAACAGAUGGACAAAAUAAUAUACAUCCUAUUUACCCUUCUUGUUGUAAUUUCCCUCAUUAGCUCAAUAGGUUUUGCGGUGAAGGUGAAGUACCAAAUGCCAAAUUGGUGGUAUUUGCAAGCCCCAGAUAAAGAGAACUUAUAUAAUCCCAACAUGCCACAGUUGUCUGGCACCUUUCAUCUAGUCACUGCUCUCAUAAUGUAUGGCUAUCUGAUCCCGAUAUCCCUCUACGUGUCAAUUGAAAUUGUAAAGGUCCUGCAAGCAUUGUUCAUAAAUCGUGAUAUUCAUAUGUAUGACGAAGAAACUGGAACUCCAGCUCAAGCUAGGACCUCAAACUUGAAUGAGGAGUUGGGGCAGGUUGAUACAAUCCUUUCGGAUAAAACUGGAACAUUGACUUGUAACCAGAUGGACUUUCUCAAAUGCUCAAUUGCUGGAACUUCAUAUGGAAAGCGUGCUAGUGAUGUUGAACUUGCUGCCGCAAAGCAGAUGGCAAUGGAUGGACAGGAUGCUGAUUUAUCAAAUCCAGUGACCCCUAAAGAUCAUACCACACUUCCCUGGGAAAGCAAUGGUAGGGGUGGAAGUGGCGCCGAUGAAAUAGAAUUAGAGACUGUCAUCACCUCUAAAGAUGAAGCAGACCGUACGCCUGCAAUCAAAGGAUUUAGCUUUGAGGAUGACCGUCUCAUGAAUGGAAGUUGGGUAAAAGAGCCCAAUGCAGAUGUCAUCUUGCUGUUUUUCAGGAUACUUUCCCUUUGCCACACCGCAAUUCCUGAGAUGAAUGAGGAUACUGGCACUCUAGCAUAUGAAGCAGAAUCUCCUGAUGAAGGAGCAUUUCUGGUUGCAGCUAGGGAAUUUGGGUUUGAGUUUUGUAAGAGAACCCAAUCGAGCAUUAUUGUUCGAGAGAGAUAUUCUUCGGUUGAAGAGCCUGUUGAAAGGGAGUACAAAGUUCUCAAUAUGUUGGAUUUCACCAGCAAGAGGAAGCGGAUGUCUGUUAUUUUGCGGGAUGAGAAUGGGCAGAUUUUCCUUUUUUGUAAAGGAGCAGACAGUAUCAUCUUCGACAGGUUAUCAAAGAAUGGCAAAAUGUUCCUUGAAUCUACCACAAACCAUUUGAACGAGUAUGGGGAAGCUGGUUUGCGCACGCUUGCACUUGCAUACAGGAAGCUCGAGGAAGCUGAGUAUUCUGCUUGGAAUGAUGAGUUCAUGAAAGCGAAAACUUCAAUUGGUGGGGAUAGGGAAGCAAUGCUUGAACGUGUAUCAGAUACGAUGGAGAGGGAAUUGAUCCUUGUUGGAGCCACUGCAGUGGAGGAUAAACUCCAGAGAGGGGUGCCUCAAUGCAUUGAUAAACUGGCACAGGCUGGUCUUAAGAUCUGGGUUCUUACAGGUGAUAAGAUGGAAACAGCCAUUAACAUUGGAUAUGCUUGUAGUUUGCUUCGACAGGGUAUGAGGCAAAUCUGUAUAACAGCUAAUGCAGAUUCAUUUGGUCAAGAUUCCAAAAAGGCUGCAAAGGACUCCAUAGCAAUGCAAAUUGCCAAUGCCUCUCAAAUGAUCAAACUCGAAAAGGAUCCACAUGCUGCAUUUGCAUUGAUUAUUGAUGGGAAAACUCUAACACAUGCCUUAGAGGAAGAUAUGAAGUAUCUCUUCUUGAAUUUAGCAGUUGAUUGUGCAUCUGUCAUCUGCUGUCGUGUCUCUCCUAAGCAGAAGGCUCUGGUGACAAGAUUAGUAAAAGAAGGAACUGGAAAGACGACCUUAGCCAUUGGAGAUGGCGCAAAUGAUGUCGGAAUGAUUCAAGAAGCAGACAUCGGGGUGGGUAUCAGUGGAGUUGAAGGAAUGCAGGCUGUGAUGGCAAGUGAUUUUGCGAUUGCUCAGUUCCGGUUUCUCGAGAGACUUCUGGUCAUACAUGGGCAUUGGUGCUACAAGAGGAUUGCCCAGAUGAUUUGUUAUUUCUUCUACAAGAACAUUGCUUUUGGCCUCACUCUCUUCUAUUUUGAGGCCUUCACUGGAUUUUCUGGGCAAUCUGUUUACGAUGACUGGUAUAUGAUACUUUUCAAUGUCGUCCUAACCUCAUUGCCCGUCAUUUCACUUGGAGUGUUCGAACAAGAUGUUUCUUCUGAUGUCUGCUUACAGUUUCCUGCUCUGUAUCAGCAAGGUCCCAAAAAUUUGUUUUUUGACUGGCCUAGGAUAUUUGGGUGGAUGGCAAAUGGCCUCUACACAUCAGUUGUCAUAUUCUUUUUCAACAUUAUGAUCUUCUACCACCAAGCUUUCCGGGCUGGAGGCCAGACUGCCGACAUGAGUGCAGUGGGAUCAACGAUGUUCACUUGUAUUAUCUGGGCUGUUAACUGCCAGAUUGCACUCAUGAUGAGUCACUUCACAUGGAUACAGCAUUUCCUUGUCUGGGGUAGCGUUGCCUUUUGGUACGUUUUCCUCUUCAUCUACGGCCAGAUAAGCCCGUAUUACUCUGGGAACGCGUAUAAAAUCUUGGUUGAAGCCCUAGCUCCUGCCCCAGUUUAUUGGUCUGCCACCCUCAUUGUAACCGUAGCAUGCAAUCUUCCGUACUUGGCGCAUAUUUCAUUCCAGAGAUGCUUUAACCCCAUGGAUCACCAUGUAAUUCAAGAGAUCAAAUACUAUAAGAAAGACGUGGAGGAUCGAUCUAUGUGGAGAAGAGAACGAUCCAAGGCGAGGCAGAAAACCAAGAUCGGGUUCACUGCUAGGGUGGAUGCUAGAAUCCGGCAUCUCAAAGGUAAAUUGCAGAAGAAGUAUUCAACCAUGGGUGCAAGAAGUAUUUUGUCUUCAUGA